CGCAGCGAGCCAGACGCGGCGGCGAGAGCGGCGGGGGCGGCCAGGCUGCGGGACCGGGCGGCUACCGGGAGCACCGAGCCAGGGCCCGGAGCGGGCGCACCGCCAGCGCGGUCACGUGCGGGGCCCCUCCUUUAUCGCACACCUCCUCCGCGCGCCGCGCUCUCCAUUCAUAAAUUCUCCGCCGGCUCCGCGGCCACCGAGCUUCAGAGCCAACCGGGAGCGCCGUGCAUCCGCCGCCCGCCCUCCUGCCGCCCAUGGGCCGCACGCCCCGGCGCUGAGCCUCAAAAUGCAGCCCACGGCCACCAUGGCCACAGAGGCCACCACCACCUCCACGGCUGCCCUGAUGACUUCGUGGGACAAUACCACCAGCCGCCCCACGGCGGAGCCCGACCCCAUCCUGGACAACUACGUGCUGCUGGUGGUGGUGAUGUCGCUGUUCAUCGGGGGCACGCUGGUGGUGCUGUCCGGCGUUCUCCUGCUCUGCAAACGCUGCUGGGAGGUGCACCAGCGCUUCAACAGGGCCAUGGAGGAAGCAGAGAAGACCACCACGACCUACCUGGACAACGGCACCCACCCCAUACAAGACCCCGACUGCAGGGCGGAAGACCCCGAGAGCCAGGACACGGAGACAGAGCGCUUCCUAGCCACCAGCUCCACCGGCCGCCGCGUGUCCUUCAAUGAGGCCGCCCUGUUUGAACAGAGCCGGAAGGCUCAGGACAAGGGCCGCCGGUACACCCUGACAGAAGGGGACUUCCAUCACCUCAAGAAUGCUCGUCUCACGCACCUCCACCUGCCGCCUCUCAAGAUCGCUACUAUCCAUGAGUGUGAUCCGGGUGAGGCCAGCUCAGUGGCCACACCCCACCCAGCCGCCACCCCCAAAGACAGCUUGGCUAUUUUCCAGCCCCCUGGGAAGGCCCUCACUGGCCGCUCAGUGGGUCCCAGCUCCGCCCUGCCAGGUGAUCCCUACAACUCUGUGGACUUCUCGGAGAUCAGCCCCUCCGCCUCCAGUGACUCUGGGGAGGGCACCUCGUUAGAUGCAGGGGCCCGGGGUGCCAAAGCUGCUGGGCCUGGGCCUGAGGCAGCACCCGGGGAGAUGGGCACAGGCUCCUCGGGACCUGGCACUGUACUGCAGUUCUUCACACGGCUACGCCGCCACGCCAGCCUGGAUGGGGCCAGCCCCUACUUCAAGGUCAAGAAAUGGAAGCUGGAGCCAAGCCAGAGAGCGUCCAGUCUGGACACGAGAGGUUCCCCUAAGCGGCACCAUUUUCAGCGACAGCGGGCAGCCAGUGAGAGCAUGGAGCAGGAGGGGGAUGCCCCUCACGCCGACUUCAUUCAGUACAUUGCCAGCGCAGGCGACUCGGUGGCCUUCCCACCCCCCCGCCCCUUUCUGGCCAGCCCCACCAGCCCGCCCCCCACUCUCGGCAGGGCAGGGCAAGGCCUGCAGGCUCUGACCACGUGGGCCUGGCCUUGCAGGCUAGAGGCGGCCGAGGCGGCGGGAGGAGCAAGCCCCGAGACUCCUCCGGAGCACAGCAUCAGUUUGGGGCCCGAGCAUGCGCAGCAGCAGGACCCGCAGCAAGAGCAGGACGCCGAGCAUGCACAGUGCAGCUACCGUGACCUGUGGAGCCUUCGCGCUUCACUCGAGCUCCACGCGGCCACUGCAUCGGACCACAGCAGCAGCGGCAAUGACCGCGACUCGGUGCGCAGCGGCGACAGCUCGGGCUCGGGCUCCGGGGGUGGCGGCGCGGCACCCGCCUUCCCACCCCCGCCCGAGUCUCCGCCCGCUCUGAGGCCUAAGGACGGCGAAGCCCGCCGCCUGCUGCAGAUGGACAGCGGGUAUGCGAGCAUCGAGGGGCGCGGCGCGGGCGACGAGGCCUCCGAACUUCCCGCUCAGGCCCGCAGCCCUCCCCGCAGCCCGCGGGCCUGGCCGCGCAGGCCGCGCCGCGACUACAGCAUCGACGAGAAGACGGACGCGCUCUUCCACGAGUUCCUGCGCCACGACCCGCACUUCGACGACGCGCCACGCCACCGCGCACGUGCGCACCCUCACGCCCAUGCGCGCAAGCAGUGGCAGCAGAGAGGCCGCCAGCACAGCGACCCUGGCGGCGCACGCGCGGCCACGCCCCCCGGCGCGGCCCGUCCCGCGCGUGCGCCCUUGCGCCGCGGCGACAGCGUCGACUGUCCUCCCGAAGGCCGCGCACUGCCGAGCACGGGCGACGACCCGUCCAUUCCGGUCAUCGAGGAGGAGCCUGGCGGCGGGAGCGGUGGCUGCCUGGGCCCCGGGCUGUGCGCCGAGCCCGCCGGGGCGCUGCUGGACAAGCUGGCGGCCAGCCUGGACGACAGACUCUUCGCUCCGCACCUCGCCGGGCCAGUUGCCUCUUCCCCGGUGCUGAUCGCCGCUGCUGCUGCCCCCACGUCCCCCGACCACAGCCCGGCCUAAGCUCCGUGCACUCGA